CAUGGCUGCCUCCAUGCGAUUGGCCUUGGCGCCACUCUCUUGACUUCAAGAAGCACGUGAUUUCGAUUGCAUUCCAGUCUGUCCGGUUCUCUUUUCUUUUCUUGAUUGAAGUUUUACAUCAGUGCAUCUUAAAUGAAGAUGACGCAACAAGGUGCUAAGCUACAACGACUUAAUAACGAUCUCGUCAAAGUCAUAGAGACUUUGAAGCAGCAGAGGGAAGAAGUAAUGGAACGAAUGGAGGCCCUCCACAAGGAGAAGAAGGAGCUCGAGAGAGAAAUGCAGGCGCUGCACGAACGGUUGACGUCCGUGAACCAGAAGAUUUCCAACGUCGCCCCCGUCCUCAACACUUACACCGAAGCCAUCCGAGAUGCAGAAAGUUCUUACUACAAGAUCUGUCAGGGCUCUGAGAUGCUCCUAAACAUCCUGAAGAAGGACCUGGAUGCCUAUCGCCAAAUAGCCCUGGAUACGUCUCCCUAUGCAGUGCCAUCCACGGAUGCCAAGCCCACCAACAUCUAGUGCAGGAUCGGCACUGGAUACUCACAGCAGUAUUCUUUACCAUCAGCUCCUGCUUACCCUGUGAUAUCCAGUCGUGAAGCAGAUGAAUUCAGGGUGUUUUUUACUUUUUGUGACAGUGCAGAUGUGUUGCUGUCUUUUAUAGUUAUCUAUUUGGAAGCAUGGAAGGAUAUUCCUCAUUCUAGUAGGAUGAUUCACUGACGCUGCACUGGACUAAGAUUAUUAAUGAUAAAUUUAUCUGUAUUUGGGUGUGAAAUGCUGAGGAAUAGUACCAACUACAUGAGAUGCAUUGUUGAAAAAUGAAGUUCCAGAUGGGUUGUUCUUGUGAUCUGAUAGGGGAUUAGCUAAUGAGAUUAACCAUUCACAACUCCUUCUAUUGGAUGUACAUUUUCAUUGACAUUGAUACACAUCGACUAACUGUAUGUUUUAGGCCAUAACUUUGACAAGUACCUAGUUUUAGAGAGAGCUUAGUCAUAAAGGUAUUCUCUCUGCAUUCUCCUAUCUACCUAGUCGAGAUACAAAAUGAGAUGGGCAUUUCGAUUUUUUAAAUUAAACCUCUCCCAUGCAGUAGGGGAUGAGUAGAGCAAGAGAUAACACUGAACUUUGGGAGGUGGGUGCAAUCAUUAUGAUGUCAGAUAGCAGAAAGGUUGCAAAUUAUAAUUUCCUCAUAGGGAAUACAUUUGUUCCCCAGCCUUGGAAUGCUGUUAUGACUGAAUCCAAACAUAUUUUGGAGCAGAGCUGAGUUUGUCUUAAGAUGUUGAGAGCUGGAGAUGUCAGAGUUCGAGGUUUAGUGAAUCAUAAGCCGAAUCUACAUUGAGUCAUUUCAAGGGGUGAUCAGGCUUAGUUAUAGCCCAGAACCAUUCCAACAGGGUUUCUGAGGGAAUGGCUAGCUGUGGUGUUCUCCAUUUGCAUAAUUGGUGGUUCAACUUAAAGGGUCAUGAAACACAGACACGUUGAAAACCUUCCUGUGGCUAGAUGGAUGCAUUGUCGCCAAGUCCAUGAUGGCCCUUGACAGUGUAUGGAAAAUGCAGAGCUUGUUGCCUCCCUGCAUCUUUAAGUUACCAUUCCUUUGUGGCACUGCAUUUCCUGUGUCAGGUGACAAAUCUGAAUAAAC